AUGAUACCGAGCACCCUCAGCAAAGCCGUUUCACUCGUUGUGCAAAUCGCCGCCAUCCAAGCCCCACCGCCAUCGCCUCCAGCACCAGCCGCCCUACUAUCGUCAUCAAGUACCCUCGCCGCCUCGCUUAAAGUCUCCUUCCCAAAUCCCGGUCUAGCACUCCUUCCCCAACCAUACUGGUGGUGGCAAUCCGGCACCGCAGUGGAAGCGCUUCUAACCUACGGCUCCACCACGGGCGACCUCCAGUAUGAAGAUCUUCUCAAAACCACGAUCCUGAGUCAAGCGACCCCCGCAAACGACUUCAUGACCGUCGACGCGACCGGCAACGAUGACCAAGCGUGGUGGGGCCUCGCCGCUAUAACAGCCGCUGAGAUGAAGCUCCCGCAGCAGGGACCCGUAGCUUGGGUGGAUUUGGCUACGAACGUUUUCAAUCAGCAGAAACAGCGUUGGAUCGAUGGCAACAACACUUGCGGCGGCGGCCUGCGCUGGAAAGUAGAUUUCGGCGAAGACGGUCAGAACGGCUGGCACUACAAGAACGCCAUUACCAAUGGUCUCUUCUUCCAACUCGCCGCGCGCAUCGGACACCUCACAAAAGAUGCUGAAAUCCUAUCCUGGGCAGAGAAAACAUACGCCUGGAGUACAAAGGUCGGACUUGUAGAUCAGGAUUUCAAUGUCUACGACGGAACGAGUGAAGACAACGGGUGUUCAGAUCUCAACCACAACAUGUGGAGUUACAACGUCGGUGUUUACAUGUACGGCGCUGCGGUCAUGGCCGUGCACACCAAAGACGAAAAGUGGACGGAGCGAACGAAGGGAUUUGUUGCUUCCGCGAAGAGGAAUUUCGUCAACACCGAGACUGGCGCGCUUUUCGAGAGCAAAUGCGAGGCCAAGGAUGCGGAGGAGCCGUGUGACACCGAUCAAGUUUCUUUCAAGGGGUUGUUGGCGCGGUGGUUGGGUGCAACCGCGGUGUUGCUGCCGCAGGUCAAGGAGGAUGUGGAGAAGAUUGUUAAUCCAGCAGCGAAUGCGGUGCACAACGGUACCAUUUUGGACUUGGGUCCUAUUGAGAGUGCGUAUGCGCUCGAGGUCGUUGAUGCGAGUUUACGGAUGCAAGGGUUGGGUGGGGAAGGAACGAUUGGAGUUGGCAAAGUCAGGACAGCGAGGAGUGUUGCAGGAAGGAUAGCAUGGUGA